AUGAACUUUGCUUUAGUGGAGAUUGAAAAACUAUUAUCUAUUCAUGGAAAGAGUUUGAAGGACUAUCCUGAAAUGCCUGCUGCAUGCUGUACUGCAUUACAUAUUAUAUCGAACAGGUUUAUACAGGAGGAAUUAGCAUACGACUGUUUGGAACAAGAGAAAGAGAACAUGGAGUUGGUAAGUCAAUUAACUGAUGAGCAAAAGGUAAUAUACAAUGAGGUGUUAACCGAUAUUGAUGGCCAGUUAGGAGGUUUAUUCUUCGUUUACGGUUAUGGAGGUACUGGAAAGACUUUUUUGUGGCGUGCAUUGUCUUCCGCACUAAGGUCUAAAAGAGAGAUAGUGUUAAAUGUUGCAUCCAGCGGUAUAGCGUCGCUUUUAUUACCAGGAGGCAGAACUGCACAUUCUCGAUUUGCCAUACCGAUUUCUGUUAAUGAAGAUUCAACCUGCAAUAUAAGUCACGGCAGUCAGCUGGCCGAGCUUAUUGGGCAAAGCAAGUUGAUCAUAUGGGAUGAAGCUCCAAUGAUGCACAAAUUUUGUUUUGAAGCCCUAGAUCGAACUAUGAGAGAUUUGAUGCGUUUCCAAAAUCCAAGGAGUUAUGACAUGACAUUUGGUGGUAAAACAGUGGUGCUAGGUGGAGAUUUCAGACAAAUUUUACCAGUCAUUCCGAAGGGUACUAGACAGGAUAUUGUCCAUGCUAGCAUUAGCUCCUCAUAUCUAUGGAAAUCCUACAAAGUAUUGCGACUGACUAAGAAUCUACGACUAAGAAGUGUACAGUCAGAAAUCGAGUGUCGAGAGAUCGACGACUUUGCAAAAUGUAUAGCUAAUAUAGGUGAUGGAACGAUCGUUAUUCAAUUUGAUGGUGGGUCAGAUAUUACAAUUCCAGAACGUUUAUUGCUCGAGUGUGAGGAUGACCCUAUUGCCACAAUUGUUGAUAGCACCUUCCCGAAUUUUAGACAAGGGAUGGUUGAUCUGUUAUACCUCAAUGAUAGUGCAAUUUUGGCUCCAACAUUGGAUGUCGUAGAUAGCAUUAACGAAUACAUGAAUGACCAUAAUCCGGCUGACGGACAGACAUAUUUGAGUUGUGAUUCCGUUUGUAAAUCAAAUUCAAAUGUUGAUAUGUUAGCAGAUUUGCACACUCCAGAAUUCUUGAAUGGCCUUAGAUGUUCUGGAGUACCAAAUCAUGCUUUGACAUUAAAAGUUGGGUCACCUGUUAUGCUUUUGAGAAAUAUUGAUCACACACUAGGAUUAUGCAACGAUACAAGGUAUGAUUCUUAUUAA